UUCGGAAAAAACACCAUUGGUAGAGUUGAGAGUAAAACUUGUUGGCUCAGAUAUUUGUGCAGAAACGUCCUCUCUUGCUAACCUCCCCACUCAACGCGGAGCUGUCCAUUGGCACUGGUGCUGAAACGCGUCUAUUUUCAAUCCGUCACAGCAGUGCACGACGGAGUGUCGAGAGUAAAACUUUUGGAUGAUUCUAUUGACUUUUUCCAUAUAUUUUUGAGACACUUCGGUGGAUAUACAUUGAUUUACUCAGCUUUCAUCAAGAGCGCAUCAAAGGUCCACGUUCUGACCCGGUCAGUUAACGGACUCUUAAGAGGCAGAAAGAUGGCUUUUAUGGUGAAACAAAUGGUGGGAGGGCAUGUGAAGAACCUGACCGGGGGUUUGACUGAGGAAAAGCCCGAAGGAGAGAAAUCGGAAGCAGCAGCGGCAGGAAUGACCCAAGAGGAAUUUGAACAAUAUCAACAACAGUUAGAGGAGGAAAAGCAGGAACGAGAUGCUAGUUUUGCCCAGAAGAAAGCUGAGCGGGCAACAGUUAGAAGUCACUUCCGGGACAAAUACAGACUGCCAAAGAAUGAGCUGGAUGACACUCAGAUCCAGCAGGCGGGGGAUGACGUGGAGCUGCCCACAGAGCUAGCCAAGAUGAUCGCUGACGACAACAAGGAGGAGGAGUCCAAAACGUCUGUCCUGGGCCAGCUGACCAACAUCCAGAAUGUGGACAUGGACCAGCUGAAGGACAAGGCCCAGGCCACGCUGGAAGACCUCAAACAGUCCGCUGAGAAGUGCAAUCUCAUGUGAUCUGGCUGGCUGACUGAAUUCCUGCUCUCUCUCUCUCUCUCCCUCCCUUACUCUCUUUAUCUGUACAACAAAGGAUCUGUGUAAGAUAUGAUCUAUGAUCAUGUACAAACGUUGAUAGUCAUGUUGCUUUGAAUACACACACACAUACAGUCAACACUGCCUCACACACACAAACAUACUGCAGCAGCUUCUGGCCAAGGAAUCAGAGUAAACACUGUCUAAGCUGUGGGGGAAUCAGAGUAAACACUGUCUAAGCUGUGGGGGAAUCAGAGUAAACACUGUCUAAGCUGUGGGGGAAUCAGAGUAAACACUGUCUAAGCUGUGGGGGAAUCAGAGUAAACACUGUCUAAGCUGUGGGGGAAUCAGAGUAUUAGUCUUAUGCCAAAGACCCUUCGCAGAAAACCAUUCAGACAAUGGCACCAAGUAUAUCAACUAGUCAUAUUAAGUGUGAGACUAAAUCAAACUUUCUUGUCUUGGGACCACAUUCAGUACAUUACAAACCAAGUGUCUGUUAUAUCUAUUGCAGGUGUAAAUGUAUUUGCAGUUAGCCUGUUCUGUUGUCCAUCUAGUCUAUGGUCAUUAACUCGUUGGGGCCUUGCUAAGAGACAGCUCGUCCUCUGUGAUGCCAACCCAUCUAACCUUUCAACUCUGGCCUUUAACCUGUCCUCAUAUUGACCCCUGACCUCUCCAUCUCAGUGCUGUUUUGUGCCGGUGGUUUGGUGUCGUUUAGCUGCUAUGAUGUGUCAAGUGCUGUCUUUGAAAAUGUCAUCCUCUGGCUGAGUGCUGGUCAUAGUGUUUAAUAAGUACACAAUACUAUGAACAUAUAUGAACAUAGAGUACUUGGUAUUUGUCUGAAUUGUUGUUGUAUCACUAAGUAAAGACGCAGGUGAGAGCGGGAGAGGGGUUUGUCAACCUUAUUUAGUAAUAUACAAUAUAUAUUUCUUUAAUACAGUGGUUCAUGUCUUGUAAUAGUUGAACAGUCCUUUUGUGACAUUACAGUAAUAGCGUUUGAAGAAAGGAUGGUGAACAUGCCUUAGUCGCUUGUUUUAUGUGAUAGCUACUUUGUGCUUUCUUGUCAGUUCCAUGAAGCAAAACGAACAAGUGUGAAUAUAAUUCAUUCUUACUCAAGUCUUACAGAGCCCGAUCACCUAUACAUAUCUCUCUGUAUUAAAGUGUGUGACCUGCAAUGAUACUUUAAAGCCAACAACAAGAGCUUCUUUCAUUUCCAGUCACCCUAUGGGGUGAUUCAGGUUGAUCUCAUGAUGAUAUUUCAGGAAGAGAUAUGUUCUUCAUGAUGUUUCUGUUUCCUGUCCAUUCUUUGCUUCUUUUACAUCAUCUUUGUUGUUCAGUGCUGUAUGAACCUUAUUGAUUUUUGACUGACUGUUGAAACCAUAAUAAACAGAUUUUUAUGA